AGUAGGAAAACAGACGCUCACCCGCCCAGUAGACCCGGGCCAGUGCUCCAGCUAGAAACUUCCACUCUUCCUCCGAACGUCAAACCUUCACCGUUGGGAUUGGGUUUUGGAAUACCAGCAAGUUUGAAGACAAACUCACAAACUUUCUAACAAACUUUCAUUCUUCAAGUUUUGUUUGCAUCGAAAAGCAGAAUGGAGGCAAGGUAUAAGAGAAAGAAUACCUGCGGAACGAUAUGUCUGAAAUAUCUCCUUUUCUUGUUUAAUGUUCUGUUCUGGGUGGCAGGUGGAACUGUUUUGGCAGUUGGAAUUUGGACCGUGGCGGAGAAGAGCGAUUACAUCAGUUUACUGAACUCCACCUUUUACUCCGCCUCGGCAUACAUCCUCAUCGCCACGGGGAUCAUCGUGGUGGUGACGGGACUGAUCGGGUGCUGUGCCACGCUGAGGGAGAUGAGAAAUCUUCUCAUUGUGUAUUUCAUCCUGUUAUUUUGUAUUUUCCUGCUGGAAAUCAUUGCUGGUGUGAUGGCCUACAUGAACUACCAAAAGCUGGACCAUGAGCUCAGGCAGAACCUGAGGUGGACCAUGCAGCAUAAGUACAAGCAGCUGGGGGAGGAAGGAGUCACCCAGGCCGUGGACAAGCUCCAGCAGGAGUUUAAGUGCUGUGGCAGCGACAGCUCCCUGGACUGGGCUGACAGUAUUUGGAUCCUAACCUCACAAAAUGCUAUGAUGGUGCCGGACAGCUGCUGUAAGACUCCCAGGGACUUCUGUGGCCAGAGAGACCACCCGUCCAACAUCUACAAGCUAGAGGGAGGCUGCAUCGGUCGGUUGGAGGAAUUCAUUCUGAGUCAGCUGCUUAUCCUAGGUGCAGUGGGAAUCGGCAUUGCCUUUCUUCAGCUGCUGGGGAUGAUGUUGACCUGCUGCCUUUAUCAAAAUCUGAAAGAAGAUCGUUAUUCAGCCUGUUGUUUUUAAUAUGUGGUUGAAUUGAUGUGUAUUGGAAUACAUGAUCUCAUUCAUUAAUGUACUGUAUGAAGUUGUGAAGCCGAUCUUUUGACAUUGCAAUGAUGGUAUAUUUGUGAAGGAGCAAAGCUCAAUAGCAUAUUCCAUUACAUGGCUCCCUUGUUGCUUUGUGUUUAAUCUCAAAUGUUCUGUGGCCUAUAAGGUGACAGACAAAUGAUCGCCAAAUUUUAUCUGUGUUUAUUUUCUACAGACAAAAAUAAAAUAGUAUAUGGCUGACAUUUUUGCACUAUGUUUAUAUAUAUAUAUACAUAAAUAUACAUGCAUAUAUAUAUAUAUAUAUAUAUAUAUAUAUAUAUAUAUAUAUAUAUAUAUAAACACAUGUAUAUGUAUACGUAUAUGUAUAUAUGUGAGUGUGUGUGUGUAAGUGUGUAUGUGUGCGUGUGUGCGUGCGUGCGUGCGUGUGUGUGUUUUUUUUUGCAUGAUUACGUGCCUGCGUGCGAGUAUAAUGAAUACAAUUAAAGAAACAAUCAUAAUAAUAAUUCAUUGAAUUUAUAUAGCGCUUUUAUUUUUCUGGAAACUCAAAGCGCUUACAGUGAAGGGGGGACCUCACUAACCUCCACCAGUGUGUAGCAUCCACUUGGGUGAUGCACGACAGCUGUCACGUUAAAAUUGUACCGGGGGCGAAAAUUGUACCGGCCUACGUCAUCGUUUGUUUACAUCCUGACAACCUGCCCGGCAACAGACGACGCGAUGCAGAAAAAAUGUUUCCGAACGAUGAAAUAACAUAAUACAGAUAGCGGAUCGCUAUCUGUAUUAUGAUAGAUAGCGAUAACACUUGUUUUUACUUUAUAUUUGUAUUGUAUUUAAUUGUUUAAUCGAAACAAUAAAAAAAUCUGCCGCGAAACGGGCGAUCGCGUCAAAUGACAAAUGUUUUGCCCGCGAAACGGGCGAUCGCGUCAAAUGACGUAGGAGGGUUCUUGAAACCUAAUACAGAUAACGGAUCGCUAGAUAACACUUGUUUUUACUUUAUAUUUGUAUUGUAUUGAAUUGUUUAAUCGAAUUUAGCUAGUAAACUGAGUGUUUUAAGCAGGUUUCAUAGUCUAGAAUGUUCAUGAAC